GUUCUCUCCACAUCCACUAUUAACUGCCAUGUCUUCCCUCCUCUUCAUCGCCCAACUGCCUCAUUAGCAUGGACCGUGGCCGAAACGCGUCGCGUUCCGCGCCUCGCCCGUCGGACAACCGCCACAACAACGCCAAAGCCACCGCUCCUGAGCCGUGUCGCAGAACUCCCACGUCCAAGGCAGCGGUGGAGCUCAUCGAUCGCGUGUCCGGCGCGGACGACUCACCAUGCCUCACGGACAUGGACGCGCAGCGCGCCAAGGAGGCCGCCACGUACCGCUUGCGCAACAUCGCGUCGCUGCGUCGCCUAGUAGCCGUACCGGGAAACGCGCUCCGCGAGAAACACAGGCGGGAGCUCGCGAGCGCUGAGAAAGCACAGCGCGCGUACGAGGAGAGCCUAAGGAACGUCGGGAAGCCCGCAGUAAGUACUUUCCCUCCUCCAUCCAGCGCUUCGCAGAGUUAGCCCUGGAGAAUGAGCGUACCCCGCAGCGCAUGAGCCGAGUGGAGGCCUUCUUGGCGUCGACUGCAUGCGCCCAGUCCUGGGUCACUGCGGCCUCACGCUCCUGCGCCGCCUCACC